CACUUCCGGCGCGCCACUUUUACUUUCUCUUCCGCCAAAGCUGCUCCGCUCCCGCUUCCGAAAGACUGGGCUUUCCCGGGUGGGGGUGGAGCUGAAGGCCGGGACCCCGUGGCGUCCCGGCAAGUGGGGACCCCUCUGGACACGUGGAGCGCCCUGCUGUGCGGAAUCAGGCCGUUCUUGGCCUUUCCUGCCUCCCCACUCGUCCGGUUUAUCUUUCGCUCUUUGCGGAUCUGCCUUUUCACCGUCUCACGGGGGGGCCGAUUCCCAGUGCCUGGCCCAGUCCCUUGCCCCCGGGCGAUGUAAGGCUGUCAGACUUUUCGCCGGGGACACUGAGGCACAGAGAGGGUUUGGGCAGCGCCGGAGACCACCACGUGGGGACUGAGUUGCUGUUGGUCGCCUUUCCCAGGUGACCCGCAUACAGCAUUUCCGCGGAGCCGCAGCCCCCCCCGGGGGGAUGGGCGCAGCAAGGCCAGAUGGACGAGAAGACCAAGAAAGGUGGGCACAGACUGGAGAAAGCUGCGGGACUUGAGCAGAGGAGAUGGCCUUGAGACUUACUCGGGCAGUGGCAGGCGGGGAUGAACGGGUGGCUAUGCAGUGUGCCAUCUGGCUGGCAGAGCAACGAGUGCCCCUGAGAGUGAAACUGAAGCCCGAGGUCUCCCCAACACAGGAUAUCAGGCUGUGGGUGAGUGUUGAAGAUGCUCACCUGCACACCGUCACCAUCUGGCUCACAGUGCGCACCGACAUGACAGUGGCUUCCCUCAAGGACAUGGUAUUCCUGGACUAUGGCUUCCCGCCAGUGCUGCAGCAGUGGGUGAUUGGGCAGAGGUUGGCACGAGACCAGGAGACCCUGCACUCCCAUGGGGUGCGGCGCAAUGGGGACAGUGCCUACCUGUAUCUGCUGUCAGCCCGCAACACCUCACUCAACCCUCAGGAGCUGCAGCGGGAGCGGCAGGUGCGAAUGCUGGAAGGUCUGGGCUUCAAGGACCUCAUGCUGCAGCCACGGGGCCCCCUGGAGCCAGCCCCUCCAAAGCCUGGCCCCCCCCCGGAACUCCAUCGAGGGCAGCCAGAUGCAGUACCUGAGCCCCCACCGGUGGGCUGGCAGUGCCCUGGAUGCACCUUCAUCAACAAGCCCACGAGGCCUGGCUGUGAGAUGUGCUGCCGGGCGCGGCCUGAGACCUACCAGGUCCCCGCCUCGUACCAGCCUGAUGAGGAGGAACGAGCGCGCCUGGCCGGCGAGGAGGAGGCACUGCGCCAAUACCAGCAGCGGAAGCAGCAGCAGCAGGAGGGAAACUACCUGCAGCACGUCCAGCUGGACCAGAGGAGCCUGGUGCUGAACACCGAGCCCGCCGAGUGCCCCGUGUGCUACGCGGUGCUGGGGCCCGGCGGGGCCGUGGUGCUGCGUGAGUGUCUGCACACCUUCUGCAGGGAGUGCCUGCAGGGGACCAUCCGCAACAGCCAGGAGGCGGAGGUCUCCUGCCCCUUCAUUGACAACACCUACUCAUGCUCGGGCAAGCUGCUGGAGAGGGAGAUCCGGGCGCUCCUGACCCCUGAGGAUUACCAGCGAUUCCUAGACUUGGGCAUCUCCAUUGCUGAAAACCGUAGUGCCUUCAGCUAUCACUGCAAGACCCCAGACUGCAAGGGAUGGUGCUUUUUUGAGGAUGAUGUCAACGAGUUCACCUGCCCCGUGUGUUUCCACGUAAACUGCCUGCUCUGCAAGGCCAUCCAUGAGCACAUGAAUUGCAAGGAAUAUCAAGAUGACCUGGCCCUGAGGGCGCAGAAUGAUGUAGCUGCCCGGCAGACGACAGAGAUGCUGAGGCUGAUGCUGCAACAGGGUGAGGCCAUGCACUGCCCACAGUGCCAGAUCGUGGUGCAGAAGAAGGACGGCUGUGACUGGAUCUGUUGCACUGUCUGCCACACUGAGAUCUGCUGGGUCACCAAGGGCCCACGCUGGGGCCCCGGGGGCCCAGGAGACACCAGUGGGGGCUGCCGCUGCCGAGUGAACGGGGUUCCUUGCCACCCAAGCUGUCAGAACUGCCACUGAGCUGAAGAUGGCCAGGUCCUCACGCUGACCCAGCCCUACAUCUGUAGUCUGUGUGGUGCAAGGCUGGGCUUGGGGCUUUGGCUCUAAUUUCUGGCCUGGGAGAUGCCUUUGUGUUUGGCCAAGACAGAGGCCCUGCGGAGGCUGGGGCUCCUGAGCUGCAUGGACAGUUUCAUUUGCUAUAUGAGUUACAGGGGUCCCACCUGUGCUGCUGUUGUCCAAAGUCACAUCUGUCCCAGUGCCUUUGUCCUUCCCCUGGGGCUCUCUGCAGCUCCCACCUCUGCCUGACCCCAGCCUUAAACACAGUCCCUGGCCAGAGCCACCAUGUAACUCCAUCCUCUUCCCAACCUCCAUCCUCAUCUGGUACACACCAAGCACUCACAACCUCCUUUCCACUGUUGGCUCUUCAGAGGGUGACUUUUCUCUGCUGUUGUGGUUAGAGGCCUGGAGCUUCUUAGAACUCCUGCUAACCUGUUCCAAGCCAGAGGGAGAGCGGGCAGGUUUGAAAGCACAGCCCAUCAUGCCUGGCUGUGUAUCUCCCUCUCUGCCGUCUGUGUGAGCUAAUUAAAAUAGUUUUCCAGGAAGGGAUGAGUGUGAUGUCCUUGAGAAGUAACUGUCAUGGGCUGGGACUACACAGAGGUAGGAUCUGAAGUUCUCUGGAACCUGCACCAGGAAGUUGAUGUGUCUGAGCACUGGGUUCCCGGUACCAGACUUGGCACCCUUGUGCCCAGCUCUUGGGUCAGCGUUAGUCAAAAGGAGUUUGCAACAUGUCAAGAGUCAAGAGAAGGGCCUACAGAUCAGCAUGAGCUUAAGGGGUGCAGAGGGCUAAGGCAGCAGCUACAGGCUGCCACUCCCUUUUGGUCUCUGGGUAAGCAUCCAGGGCUGCAGGGCAGAGAUGGUUCAGGAACAGAUGGAGCUGUCGCAGUUGAGGGGUGAAGUCCAUCCUUAUUUUAACAUUUGAGGCAAGAUGGCAAAGUGCUGAUCCAACAGUAUUUAUUAGUACCCACCUGCUAGGCAAGAGCAAUAAAACAGAGACCUGAUAUCCA